AGAGCAGCUCAGUGUGAUAGCUUCAUCAACCCGUCACCGACCCGUGUGCCCCGGUGUGAAACCGUCAGAUAGACCCGUUAACUACAGCAGACACACAUCUAAACUACAGCAGACACACACCUUUUUAACAGGUUUUGCAGCACUGGCAACCUUGCUCGCCCAGACUCUCCCCCUGCCCCUGUCCCCUGCCCUGCCUUUGGUUUGAGGGUCACCCUCAAACCCCCUCACCCCUCCACCCUCGCUGCAGACUCACAGCGAGCGCAUCAUGGUGGAUGUAACCAAAUGGCCCCUCUUCAGCCUGAUGGGGCCGCAAGAGCUCGCCUCUAUCCGGAGAGCGUGUGUGUUUGGAACGUCUGCUAAUGAGGCCAUCUACAUCACCAGUGAUGAUGAGGUGUAUGUGUUUGGGUUAAACUGCAGUAACUGCCUGGGAACCGGUGACAGCCAGAGCACCAUUGUACCCAAGAAGCUGGACUUCCUGAGCGGGAGAAAAGUGGUCAGCCUGAGCUACGGCAGUGGACCCCACAUCCUGCUGGCCACUGAGGACGGAGAGCUUUUUGCCUGGGGACAUAACGGUUAUAGCCAACUGGGAAAUGGAACAACCAACCAAGGAGUAACUCCGGUGCUUGUGUCUGCCAACCUGCUCAAUAAGAAGGUCACAGAGGUGGCCUGCGGCUCUCACCACUCAAUGGCUCUGACUGACACAGGAGAAGUGUACGCCUGGGGCUACAACAACUGUGGUCAGGUGGGCUCCGGCUCCACGGCGAACCAGCCCACACCCCGCCGAGUGUCCAGCUGCCUGCAGAACAAGGUGGCCGUCAGCAUCAUCUGUGGUCAGACCUCGUCUCUGGCAGUGGUGGACAACGGAGAGGUGUACGGUUGGGGUUAUAAUGGGAACGGACAACUUGGACUUGGGAAUAACGGGAACCAGCUCACUCCCUGUCGACUCAUGGCUCUGCAGGGUUUAUGUGUACAACAGAUUGUCUCUGGUUAUGCCCACUCCCUGGCACUAACAGACGAAGGGUUGCUCUACGCUUGGGGCGCCAACACAUACGGACAACUGGGCACCGGCACCAAGAGCAACCAGCUGAGCCCAGUUCAGAUAAUGACUGAGAAAGAAAGAAUUGUAGAGAUCGCUGCCUGUCACUCCACACAUACGUCAGCUGCUAAGACCCAGAGUGGUCAGGUGUACAUGUGGGGCCAGUGCAGGGGCCAGUCUAUAGUACUGCCUCACCUUACACACUUUACCUGCACUGACGAUGUCUUUGCAUGCUUCGCCACCCCGUCAGUGAUGUGGAGGCUUCUUUCCAUGGACCAUGACGACUUCUUGACUGUGGCUCAGUCUCUGAAGAAAGAGUUUGACAACCCAGAGACAGCUGACCUCAAGUUCUGCGUUGAUGGCAAAUAUAUCUAUGUCCACAAAGCAGUUCUCAAAAUCAGGUGUGAACACUUCAGAUCCAUGUUCCAGUCCCACUGGAAUGAAGAUAUGAAGGAGGUGAUCGAGAUAGAUCAGUUCUCCUACUCGGUGUACCGCUCCUUCCUAGAGUUCCUCUACACAGACAACGUGGAGUUGCCUCCUGAGGAUGCUAUUGGUCUGCUGGACCUGGCCACAUCAUACUGUGAGAACAGGCUGAAACGUCUGUGUCAGCACAUUAUAAAGAGGGGAAUCACCGUUGAAAAUGCCUUCACUCUGCUGUCUGCAGCUGUGCGCUAUGAUGCAGAGGACCUGGAAGAGUUCUGCUUUAAGUUCUGCGUGAAUCACCUGACCGAGGUGACCCAGACCGCUGCUUUCUGGCAGAUCGACGGCGACCUGCUCAAAGAUUUCAUAUGUCGAGCCAGCCGCUGCGGAGCCUUCAAGAACUGACCUCAGCCCGUGGUGAUCAUGGGAACGGAUGCAGAGGAUGCUGUGGGCCUCCAAGUGGGAGUGACUUCUCCAACUACGUCAUCACCCCCCGCUCGGCUCCCGGCAGCUUCGUUGACGGAUGGUUAAACAGGUGGAAAACUUAAGAUUAUCACCGUCGCACAUCAAAUCGUUCAUUCAUCUCAUUCCAGACUAGCAACAGUGUGUCCAUCACGUGAGCUGUACAUACUGAACUUACAAGGCUCAGGUGACAGGUAAUAGCAUCAUUCAACUGUCCAGCUACAGUUGUCGUUCGCCACAGUGCCUGACUGCCUGUUAACUUACAUACAUUGUGGAAAACAAGAGCAGGAACGGGAAUAAGUUGUUGUUUCUUUUUGAAUUUGAAAGCCAGUCGCCUGAUAUCACUUUACUUUUUCUAUUAUUCUGUUUAAUUGACCAAGUUACAUCAGUGUUGCACUUAUUUGACAUAUUUUGAAUUUUUUUUCCUCUUUAUUAGAAGACUGAAUCUUAAGUCUGGAUGUGCCAUCUGGAUUCAUUGUAUUCAGGUAUGAAGCUCUUUGCACUUGUAGAUGUCAGGACAGGAUGAGUCAUUUACAGACGAGACGCUGUCAAGAGUACAGACUUCUGACUCGAUUGAGUCUGUAUAAGCUAAAUGCCACUCAGGGAUUGAUUAUCAGUCCUCGUGGCUUCCACACCUGCGAUCACAGUGAGAUCUUCCGUCUUGGUUGUAAGAUGUGAUAAAGAUGGGAGCUCAGGUUACACGUGAGAUUCAGUCUUAAAACUGUUACAGGUGUGAAAAUGAUCAUUUGUGGUCUACAGUUUUGAAGUCCGUAGGUUGGAUAGCGUUAUUUUGUGCAGAUACAGCUCCGUAACAUUUAAAAAAAAAAAAAAAAAGCUUAUUUAGUGUUUUUAUUUUCUACCGCACAAAACAAGUCAGUCGGUUUAAACUAGCAGUUAAACUUGCCUAAAUGCUAUUUAUGGAGCCAGUACAAAUCACUUUAAGGCAUUUGGCCGUACGUCGUGUGGGCCUGCACUUGAGAUUUUUACGGACACUUUGUCAUCCGCAUGACACAUUUAUUGUCUGUUGAAAAGAAUAUUUUACAGUAUUAACAUUUAUAAAGUUAAGUGACAUCUGCACUACUGCUGUGAUGAUUUUCAAGAAUAUAUUUGCUCAUUUCUAUGCAAGACCUUUUUUCUCGGAAGAACAAUUUUAAACUAAUUCAGAAUCAUUAAUCGUGUCUGUUAAUUGAUACAGAGUAUUAUGAAGUGCCAUUUUCUGACCUCUUGCAAGCAAAUGAAUAAAAAGACUCUGAUCUGCUUGUUUUCUUUACACACAAAUGUUUUUUCUGUAUCCAUGAAAAUAUUGCA